UCCCUAAUUCUUUCGGCCUUUGCACAAAUCUACACCUACGAGUCAAUAACACCGCCCAGACUACACCCCCUCUCCUCAAUCCUGUGUAAAAACGAGCCUGGAUGACUUAAACUCUAUUCCUAAUAUUAUAACUAGACCUCUCCUUCUCCCUAAGUAUUAUGUUACAUUCUUCCACCCAAUCACAGCGCUCCCCCAAAUCCUCCUGCCUGCUCCUAUAAGAGCCCCGAUCGUCCCAGUCUGGCAGCCACCUCUCCCUCUCUCCGUGGCGCACGAUAUUUACCGUAACACCAGCCCACAUCCCACUGCAGGCCUCGCUCCUCAUUACCUGUCCUGUUUGUUUAUGUUGUAACAGCUCAGAGGAUUCUUGUCAGAGGCUAUAACGGUCCUCCAGUCCACAGACACAUUUUUUUGGAAAAACAAAGUCAAUGCGGGAAGAGGACUCCUCCCCGAUGGACAGUGCGGGGAACAGCGAGGAGGAGACAGACCGUCAUCUGCCGCGGAGAGGCGCGAGGAAGCGGCGGGCUGCACGGAGGAGCGUGGACGCAGAGGAGGAGGAGAGAGACGCGGAGAGUCAGAGCCCAAGCCGCGGUAAGAAGAGGUGCAGGAAGAGCUGUGACGGUGGAGGAGGCAGCGCCGGGAGCGGAGGCAGCGAGGCCAGCAGCAGCCCCGCGCGCUCCUUCGAAGACCUCCAAACGCAGCGCGUAAUGGCCAACGUCCGCGAGCGGCAACGGACACAGUCUCUCAACGAGGCGUUCACUUCGCUACGGAAGAUCAUCCCCACGCUGCCGUCUGACAAACUCAGCAAGAUCCAGACGCUGAAGCUGGCAGCCCGGUACAUCGACUUCCUGUGCCAAGUCCUGCAGAGCGACGAGCUGGACGCGCGGGGAACCAGCUGCAGCUACGUGGCGCACGAACGCCUGAGCUACGCGUUCUCGGUCUGGAGGAUGGGGGGCUCGUGGUCCCUGUCUACUGCGUCCCACUAGCAGAGCUGCUGUGGAUGGGACAUCAAGAAUAUCCAUACUGAGGAACUGGUGGAACAGACCAACCCUUCAGAUAGACUGACACAGGCCAGCCACUGAGGCCCAGGCACUGCAGCCACUGUACUUCAGGCCUGAGAGGAGAGGGGGCUUCUCACAUCUCCCUUCACAUGGACUGUCAUGUUUGCGAAGGAGCACUUAGGACAGACAGGAUGGAUAUGAAGAGAGAAUAGAGACCACUGCGACAAUAUGAAUGUUGUAAAGAAACAAACAAAAUGAGCUCUGAGGAACAGCUCUGUCUUGAAACAUGAGUGAAAAAUGACAAUUCAGUGUUUCAGAGCAGAUGAAGUGUUUUGUAUUUAUUUUUAUACACAGGUUCAAAAUUCCUUUCCCCCAUCUCAAAUAAAAGUUAUUUAUUUUUUUUGUUUUUAGAGAAUGCUGAAUGCUGAAUGGAUCUGCGCAUUUUCAGUUUUGUAAAUAUUUGGUAAUAUCUU